UUGCUAAAUACUUGGGAAAUAUCUCUGUGCUAUACCUUUCGAAUAGUCUCCUGUUCUCUCUAUAAGAAGAUCUGUUUCUUAUUCCGUACUUCCUAAGCUAUCAGGCUGAUAUUACAAUAUGGACCACUCAAUGCACCACGCGGGGAUGGAUAUGGACCAUGGUCAUGGACAUGGGGAUAUGGACAUGGGAGGACAGUGUAAUAUGAAUAUGCUCUUUACAUGGUCCUCCAAAGACCUUUGCAUUAUAUUCCGCCAGUGGCGUGUCGACGGCCCCUUCUCCCUCCUUGUCUCCUUGGUUGUUAUUGUGCUUUUGACGGCGGGUUACGAGGGUAUUCGACAAUUGACUAGGCGGUAUGAGGCAGCGCAUGCACAACGGCUGAAUGCGUUCAAUACGCCUGCAGUGGGAGGCAAUGAGAACGUCGGCGAAUCUGCCCCGGCCAUCGCCCCUUCAAGCUAUGCUCCUCAUUCCUGCGACGAAAGCUCACCGCUACUUGUAGGUAGGGACAACAGGAGGGUUGUGGAGCAGCGGGGAAAGCUCAUCAUGGCCGCAUUAUAUGCUGUACAGGUCUUCUAUAGCUUCUUUAUCAUGUUGCUGUUCAUGACGUACAAUGGGUUGGUCAUGAUUGCAGUUGCCGUUGGAGCAUUCGUAGGAUAUCUUGUGUUCGGGGAGAAUAUGUCAGCUGCAAAGACCGUUGCUUGCCAUUGAUUAUUCCCUUUCAGAUAAUUGUUGCGUCUCAGAAUUAGUGGAAAGUUUCAAGCUUGGCAAAGCUUAGCGGUGAGCCGCUCGAUAGCAUAUACCGCAUAUCACAUAAUGGUGUCUUUGUAUUUCUGACCUGGAGUCGGUCUUGUUCAUCAGUCAUAAUCAAACCUAUGGAUCAGGGAACCUCCACGUCGCUCCCGUCAUCUCCAAAUCCAAAACUGAAUCCACCUGCUUCAGCAGAGUCUCCAGCAUCGUCUUGCUCUGGUUUUCCGUGGACAAUUUCAUCCCAUUUCCGCUUUUUGCCC